AGAUAUUGGCACCUCCGCCACAUCGGAGUUGCAGUCGCCACUGCUAUUAAUUCACACUUUCUCUCUUUUGAUUUUCCCUUUAUUAUUAUUAUUUUUUUUUUUGUGUUUUAUAUAUCCACUUGUGUUCCUUUGUCGCGGAGGAUAAUUAAAUACAGCCGCCCACAUUCUCCUUAUCUCUCUUCUUCCCCAACCAAAGAGACCCAGGAAGAAUUGCAGCGUGGUUGCUUUUAUUUCUUCAAAAUUUCGUAUUUUGAUUACUGGGGUUUUGAUUUUUUGAAAUAAUUUGAGCGACAAUGGGAUAUGCUUCAAUUGACCCUGCGCUUUUGGACGAUAUCAUAGUUCGGCUGUCGGAAUCCAAGAAUAUGAAGGGAGCGAAGCAGGUGCAGCUCAAUGAGGGCGAGAUCCGUCGGCUGUGCGCUGUUUCCAGGGAAAUCUUCCUUCAGCAACCGAAUCUACUUGAACUCAAGGCGCCCUUCAAGAUCUGUGGUGACAUUCAUGGACAGUAUGCUCAUCUUCUGCUCCUUUUUGAAUAUGGAGGUUUCCCUCCUAAUGCUAAUUACUUAUUCCUUGGGGACUACGUGGAUCGUGGGAAGCAGAGUUUGGAAACAAUAUGCUUGUUGCUGGCCUAUAAGAUCAAAUAUCCUGAGAACUUCUUUCUUCUGAGGGGAAACCAUGAAUGUGCUUCUAUAAACCGUGUUUAUGGAUUUUAUGAUGAAUGCAAGAGAAGAUUCAAUGUGGGACUCUGGAAAAUAUUUACUGAGUGUUUUAACUGUCUGCCUGUGGCUGCUGUCAUAGAUGACAAAAUAUUGUGCAUGCAUGGUGGCCUUUCCCCUGAUUUAACAAAUUUGGAUCAAAUUAGGAGUUUGCCCCGUCCUACUGAUGUUCCAUAUUCUGGUUUGCUUUGUGAUUUACUUUGGUCGGAUCCUGCUAGAGAAAUCAAGGGCUGGGGAAUGAAUGAUCGGGGAGUCUCAUAUACCUUUGGGCCAGAUAGAGUCUCAGACUUCUUGAUGAAGAAUGAUAUGGAUCUUAUUUGCCGUGCUCAUCAAGUUGUUGAAGAUGGAUAUGAAUUCUUUGCUGACAGACAGCUUGUCACAAUAUUUUCUGCUCCCAACUAUUGUGGUGAAUUUGAUAAUGCUGGUGCAAUGAUGAGUGUUGAUGAAAGCUUGAUGUGUUCUUUCCAAAUUCUUAAACCUGUAGAUAAAUAGUCUAGGUUCCUCUGAGCUUUCUUGCAAUCCAUUUAAGCAAACAACCAAAGAUUGGAAAACUCAUUUGCAAGCUCCUUCAUGAUCAGGGUUCUGCAACAUUAUGAUUACUUGCUCUUGUCAGCGGCAACUGGUUUUCCGUGAAGGACUGUUAGAGGAAGGAGGAGCUUUUUAAUAUCCUGUCAUAGUAUCACUUUACCGUGAUCUAUGGCUGCCUUGAAGGCCCAAACAACAUUCUUUUCAAUUAAAGUUACACAAAAAUUCCAGUAACUGUGUACAUACAUUUCUGGCCUGUAAAUGACCAAAUGACUAUAUGUAGAAUAUGGAUUCCACUGGAAGAAUGUCUGAUUUUCAUAAAAACCAAGAUAAUUU